AUGGCUCUUUCUGCGCUCCCUCUUUGGAGGACGUUGGCAAUCCUCUUCAUGAUAUUCAUGAUAUCGAGUGUCGCCUCUUCAACAGACGAGCCCGUACGACUUGAACUCUCCGAAAGCUUCUCUUUCGACCAUACCUCCCCACUCGACACCAGCCUUGCUACCACUACUGUCAAGAAAGGUUCACGCUGUAAUCGUAUCACCAACAACAUCUGCCCGGGGAUCUUCGCGAAGAAGGGAACACAAUUCCUCCAAUGCUGCAAGAAAAACUGCCGCAAUGUAUUCACGGAUCGAAACCAUUGCGGGGUUUGUGGCAACAAGUGCCCAUUUGGAAGUCUCUGCUGCAGAGGAAAGUGCACCCCCGCCGCUUUCGAUGCCAACAACUGUGGUAAGUGUGGCAAGAAGUGUCAGCCUGGUUUAGAAUGCUUAUUCGGGAUCUGUGGCUAUGCAUGA